AGAGUGUUGUUUGUUUUCUGUACAAUCGACAUCAGUAGCAUGAUGGUAGCAUGGUUGUCUGGAAAUUGUUUAAAAUCAAACAGUUUGAAGUUAAUGUUAGUUAACACGCGGAAGGACAGAGAAAAAUCACUCUAGAAUCUCAAUUGUAGGUCUUAAUAAGGUGUGUUGAGAGAGCUGAGAUUUGGUCACCCAACAUGGUGACAAGUUAGCUAAUCUAGUCGUACCGCUGGCUAAAUUGGUUGACAUGCUGUAUUUGACAGAAUAACGUAAGUUUCUGCCUACAAAUGGAAUUACACUAGACGGGCUCUGACUAAACUCAGCCUCCAGCACAUGGACUAACGUUAGAGGCCGUGCUACAACAGGCUUUAUAUCGUUAAAUUGUUUUAUGUUUCAAGCACAGAACUGGAUUUCCCAGAUGACAAGGGAGAAUGCACUACAACGCUAAUCGUGUUAACACAGUACCCUGAAUCCUGUCUAACUCUGCUGGUGUUACAUGUUCAUGUCGUGGAAUGCACAGAGAACACACUUGCCCCUUGAGUUGGAUUGAGCAACAACAUUAAAUGACUGUAGCACUUCCAAAGGCAAUCCUCUAUGACUGAAAGCUCACUGACAAGGUGUUCAAGUAGGAGAUCCUCUGAUUGAAGGGGAUCAUGUUAGACCACACAGAUCCAAGUCUCCCGCCUGAGGAGCGGGUGCGUGCCUUAGUCAAGAAGGGGAGCGCUGUGGACGUCAAUGAGAACGUGCCCGCUCGCCGAUACUUCCGCUCCGGCAUGGAGAUGAUUCGGAUGGCCCACACCUACGCUGAGGAGGGGAACACAGAGCAUGCUUUCAUCCUUUAUAACAAAUACAUCACGCUUUUCAUCGAAAAGCUGCCAAAACAUCCAGAGUAUAAGAAUUCAGCUAUUCCCGAAAAGAAGGACACUUUAAAGAAACUCAAGGAAAUUGCCUUUCCUCAAGCAGAAGAGCUUAAGAAACAUAUCUUCAGGCGAUAUGAACGGGAGUAUGCUGACUAUAUAGUCAGAAAGCAGGCGGAGGAGGCCGCCAUGGCUCAGCAGCUGUCGCGGCAGCGAGAGCUGGACACGGAGAGGCAGCGCGUGGCCGAGAUGCAGCGGCGGCAGCGCGAGCAGGAGCAGUUCAGCGCCUUCGAGGAGAUGAUCCGCCGCCAGGAGCUGGAGAAGGAGCGCAAGCGAAUCCUCCAGGAGUUCAACGCCCCGACUGCUGGUGCCCUCACCACUGACACCCCACUCCUCCCUGGGAUACAGGGUCCUCCGCUCCCGGUUCAGGCGACGGCACAGAGUCCUGUGUACCCCAGCGCCAACCACUCCGGUGAACCUGCGCAGACACCUGUAUCGCCUCCCGCUUUUGACCGAUCACUCAAGCCAGGAACCCUCAUCUCAACUAGCAACAAUAUCAUGGUCGAUGGGCUGAGGCAACUGACUGUGCCAGCUGAGCUUUGUAGCCAGUUCCUGAGAAUAGCCAAUGCCAACACUAUCAGAUCAGUGGAAACCUGUGGAAUUCUCUGUGGCAAACUGACCAGGAAUGCUUUCACAAUAACCCAUGUGAUAGUGCCAAAGCAGUGUGGGGGCCCAGACUACUGUGACACGGAGAAUGAAGAGGAGCUCUUCCUGGUCCAGGGCCAGUAUGACCUCAUUACCCUGGGCUGGAUUCAUACACACCCUACACAGACAGCGUUCUUAUCCAGCGUUGAUCUUCACACACACUGCUCCUACCAAAUAAUGCUACCAGAGGCCAUCGCUAUUGUGUGCUCCCCAAAGUUCAACGAGACGGGAUACUUCAGGCUGACAGACCAUGGAAUGGAGGAGAUAUCUACCUGUAAACAAAAGGGCUUCCAUCCACACUCCAAACACCCUCCUCUCUUUGCUGAAGGAAGCCAUAUCAUUAUCACAGACGCCACGAUCACAAUGUUGGACCUGCGAUGAAGUCUGAUCACAUACCGAGUAUCGGUGCGAUGAAGUAGAGAACAACCACUCUUUGACUUUAUAUUAAUUUACAUUCUAUGGCAACUAGCACUCCAAGAACCUGGAUGGGAGAUUAUUUGAAGCCAAGACCAGAGGGCUAUGGAGUGUCUUUAGGGACGGGACUUCGUUUGGCAUAUCAGCCUAUCUGAUGCACUUGUAUAAGGGGCAAGAGUGAAUAAAAAUCCUUUAAAUGUUGUCUACGGGGAGCUCAGGGAUGGACACUUAACCUCAGAAUACUCAUUCUCAUUAGGGAUUGUAUCACUGUAUACUCUGUUCUUGACCCUCCUGUGUUUAUCUUUUAUUUAUAAUCCCAUAAUGGUUCCACACUAAUUGUUGCUAAACUAUUAAAGGAGAUGAGUGAUAUUUUUCAAGGAA